CGCGGGCGGCGGGCGGCGGGGGUCGCGGGCGGGCGGCGGGCGGCGGGCGGCGGGUGGGCGGGUGGGCGGGGGCGGCGCUGGGCGGGCGGCUGUGGGCCCGCCCCGCCGGCAUCCCCGGCAGACUUCCUCCCGCCGCGGGCGGCCGGCCGAGCAGCUGGAGGAAGCGGCGGCCACGAUGAGCGCGGGUGACGCCGUGUGCACGGGCUGGCUCGUCAAGUCGCCCCCCGAGCGGAAGCUGCAGCGCUACGCCUGGCGCCGGCGCUGGUUCGUGCUGCGGCGCGGACGCAUGAGCGGAGAUCGAGAUGUCCUGGAGUACUAUCGCAGCCAGCGUGCCACCAAGCCCCUGCGCGCCAUCGACCUCAGCGACUGCGCCGUGUCCAGACACGCAGGGCCUGGCUUUGUGCGCAAGGAGUUUCAGAACCGCUUUGUCUUCAUUGUUAAGACUGCGGCACGGACCUUCUACCUGGUGGCCAAGACGGAGGAGGAGAUGCAGGUGUGGGUGCACAGCAUCACCCAGGUGUGCAACUUUGGCCAUCUGCAGGGUGGCGCAGCAGAUCCCGUGGAGAGCCUGGCUCGCACGCCCUGCUCUCUGCAGCCGUCCCGUGCCAGCUCCCUGCACGCCGCCCCUGCAGUCGGCUCUCCCUUGCCAAGAGAUGACCCGAGCUUGGGGACCGUAGCCCCUGAGGAGAGCGGAAGUGAGUCAGACUUUCUCUCCCUUCCUGAUUAUCUGAUUCUGUCCAACUGUGAGACGGGAAGACUGCCCCAUGCCAGCCUGCCCGCCAGGUGCGACAGUUGGUCCACUUCAGAGCGCUCCCUGGAGCAGACUUCCUUUGAUGACGUGUUUGUGGACGGGCUGCAGCCACUGGCAUCUGCCCACCUGCCUGCUGCUGCCUCCCGCCCCGGGAGUGGGCUUCAGGAGGGCCUGUGCAGGCCGCAGGCCCUGCGGUGGGGCCGCGAGUGUGCAAGGCCUACCAGGGACCCCGUGUCCUCCUCUAGACUGCUGGAAACGUCCCUCAGCUCCAGCCUUCAGGCUGACAAGGCCCAGGGGGUGCUGUCCUAUGGGGUGAAGGAGCUGGACUCGGUACCCACCACCCCACCACCCAGACCCCCCAAGCCAAGCCACCUGUUGGAGUGGCGAGAGGAGCCGCUGUGGGGCAGCCGCUACGGCAGCAAGAAGCCCAGCUGCUACAUGGUCCCCAGGAGGAUCUCCCUGUCCAGCUUGGAAGGCGUGAGCACUGGCGCAGCUGACGCGGAGGGCCCGUCCUCACGGCACCGGGACAAGCGGCUGAGUUUGAACUUGCCUUGCAGGUUCUCCCCAGGGUCCCCGUCAGCCUCCAGCGGGGCCCAGGAUGGCUACGUGCCCAUGGGCCCCCACGUCAGGUCCCGGCUGGGCCUUGCCAGCAGCUCUGAUGAGUACAUCCCCAUGAGCUCUGGGGGGCUGUCGAGCCCCCUGCCGGUGCUGCCUGUGGACCUGGAGCCUCCCCCUGUGAAUAGGGACCUCAAACCACAGAGGAAACCACGGCCGCCCCCGCUGGACCUGCGCAGCCUGUCCACCAUCCGGGAGCACGCGGCACUGAGCAGGACGCACACCGUGCCCUGCAAUCGAAGCACCUUUCUCUCUCCAGAAAGAAAUGGCUUUAAUUCUGCGAGAUUUUUUGCCAGCCCUGUUUCCAGAGAAGAGGAAGAAAGCUACAUCCCAAUGGAGCACAGGAUGGCCGGCCAUGUGAGCACUGUCUCUGGCAUGUGGACAAAAAAGUUCAGCCUGGACUACUUAGCUCUGGACUUCAACACCUCGUCCCCGGCCCCUGCGCAGCAGAAGCUUCUUUCAGAAGAGCACAGAGUGGACUAUGUGCAGGUGGACGAGCAGAAGACGCAGGCGCUGCAGAGCACCAAGCAGGAGUGGUCUGACGAGCGGCAGUCCAAGGCGUGAGGUGGCUGUGGCUGGGACGGGGACGUUGCCACGCGACGCCUGUGGGGUGGGGUGGGGGGGGUUGGGGGCCCUCGCAGCCUGGCACAACUGCACUUCGCCUGUGAGCCCUUGCUCGACUCGGUGCCCGCUGCUAUGGAGAGGACACAGAUGAGACUGCUGAGGCUGGGGAGGAACCACGUGAGCAAGAAGUGAUCGCAGCUCUCCAGGGAGCUUUGGCCUACUGGGACCGCCCCGCCAGAAGGCCCAUCUCAUCUCACUGCCCUUGAGUUUCACCCCACUCACACAGGGCCCCAGAGAAGGUGCUGUUGCUGGGAGAAGCAUCACCCGGUGCAUAGGGCCUCCGUCCUCUCUCCACAGCCUGGGUGCUGUUCCUGCCACAGGCCUUUCCCAGCUCCCUCACGGCCAUUCCUGUCUUCCCAAGAGGCUUCUCAGGCCAGAAGUGCAGACUGUCACACCUCUGUAGAGACGCCAGCGACAGCCAGUGGGCUCAGGCUGCUGUGGCAUGCAUUUCUCUGGGGGCUUUGGUGAAGCCCUCUACUGCCCAGUGACCCCAGCCACGAUGCUGGGAAGGCGUGUAGACUCAAGUAGGGUCGCCCCCCCCACCCCUUCACUUGAGGCUGUGAGUGCCAGCCAAGGCUUCUUUGUAGGAGAGGUCAUAGAAACCUCUCCUGUGACAGCAGGAUAGGACCUCAGGACCAAGUGCUUUUCCAGAAGCUGGCUACUACAGGCACAACUGUCACCACCUCAGACAAGGCAUUCUGGCUCCCCGGGUGGGAACCACACUGCUGAGUUAUCAGUGGGAAAUCCAACGGACCGAUCCGAAGCCACUGACUUCCGGACGGUUCCCUAAUUCUCCCUUCUGCUUCAGCGAUGACUCAGCCCCCAGACGCCAAAGGUCCCUGCUUUGCAGCGGGGGUGCCAGGUCCCUUCUACAGGGACACAGGUUCAGGGCAGGCAGCUUCCCUGAGGCACAGGCCUCUUCCUGCACUGAGCCGCAUUCGGUGAAGGGCACCUCAAACAAGGCACCCCCAUGUGGUGGCACCUUCACCGCUGCGAUACUGGGCAUUGAGCUGUGCCUGCACUCCUGACCCGAGCUCGUCGUGUGUCUGUGGGGCCACCAGAGGGCGCCUGCAGCUCACAGCCAGCACCCCACAGGAUGCAUGGGGCAACCUUGGCUGCUGGGUCCCUGGUGGGCUUGGGCCAAGGUGCGAGCAGCAGUCUGCCACCAUGGAGGUUCCACCAAGUAGCCGUGCCGGGUGUCAGGUGUCCGGACCACGCUGGGGGAGGUUGGAGCAGGAGCCUCUGGCAAGAAGAGGCAGAAGGCCGUGCUGAGCUGUGUGCUUCAGACUGGGCUGCCACAUGGCUCUGUGCAUGGCCUUCAGUUUCUUUUCCAAAUGACGGUGCCCGUUUCCACAUGGGCAGGGCAUCACCAUCACGGGCCAGCCUUGCCGCCACUGCCGCCACCUGUGCAGCUUGUGUCUGUGCUGGCAGCAGAAUGCACUAGAGAGGAUACCCGGACUCGAUGGCAGGCCUGCCUGGCUUCCCAGCAGAGGGCAGGGGCGCUGCAUCCGAUGGCUGUGUACGGCAGCCCACCGUGGCCCACGAGAGGGGCGUGCAGCCAUUUCCCGAGAGUCAGCAGGGCCCCCUUGCUGCAUGCCGCCCCACUUUGCUACCCAGUUCCCUUCUACCUCUCAAUGAGGACAUUGCUCCAGGUCAGGGAUGUGCAGAAGGAGACAGGCCAGUGGUCCCCUCUGGCUACAAGCCCAGGGCACUGGGGCUAAGGCCUACCCCUGGGGAGCGGGGCCCAGCCUUCAGGUCUGAGGGCAGACCCUGAGCUCUGCUACUCUCCCAGCGCCUCCCUGGCAGCCCUUCCUACCAUUUUUGUGCCCCAAGCCCCGGAUUAGAGAAACACGUAUCCUUGUGACUUCACUCCUGGCAUGAACAGCCUUACGAGGAGUCAGGGCUUCAUUCCCCUCUUUUGAAGACACCCCUUGUCAGCAUGGAACUGGCUUGGAAGCGCGGUGUAUGGGGCAUCUGCUAGUUCCAGGUAGAGACUGGUCUGCGCCACUGUUUCCAGCAGCUGAGCGGCAGGCUCGCAGUGCUGCUUCCGUGUGCCCCCUCCAGCUGCCUUGCCUGCCAGGGUUCCUUGUGCCACUACCUCCCUUUUCUUAGGACCUAGCCUCCCAGCUGUCCUGGGUGCCAGAUCACUAGAUCCCCAGGCCAGCCAGCAAGCCAGGCAGAGUGGUGGGGACUCAGGUUGGGGAAAAUAGACCAAAGGCCUCGAGUGGCCAGGCCUGGGGUGCUAGGGAGCAUGUGAGACUCCCCCCUUCUGCAGGCUGGCUGUUCGCGCACUCUAGACCCACACCUGUGUCCAGGCCCUGGGUAGCCCCCUGGCCACCCCAGAAAUAGAAAUAGACUGCAAAGCUUAAGGAGAUCUGGAAGCUGGUUCCCUUAUGCUCUGUCUCUGCACCCUGGCAGACACCCCUACGCUCCCGGCUUCCUACCUCUACGCUUCCCUUGACCGGAAAGUGCAUUUAUCAAUAGCAUUUCCUUGUGUAAACUUU